AUGUCAUUGAAGAAACCUCCUCCAGUGUCGUCCGCUAAACCCGAAACGAACAUAUCGUUCUGCCUCGAGACAUUGGUCCCUUUCCUCUUCGCCGGCCUCGGUCUGAUAUUUGCUGGCCUACUUCUGGAAGACGCCGAAACAUGGUCAUUCUUCAUUGAACUGCCAGAUGCUGUUACGUUGGUGCCGACCCUUGUCGGACUGAAAGGGAAUCUUGAAAUGACGUUGGCUUCCAGGCUGUCUACAUUGGCGAAUCUUGGAUUCAUGGAGACAACGAAGCAAAAGUGGCAAGUGGCGCUGUCAAACAUGGCACUAAUCCAGACCCAAGCUAUCGUCGUUUCUUCAAUCACAGUCAUUCCAGCAGCGUUAUUAGGAGAAAAGCCGUUCAUGUUUCGUGAUUUCCUCUGUCUGCUGCUCUCAGCUGUAGCUACUGCUUCCUUCGCUUCAAUACUUCUAGGACUGCUCAUGAUCGGUGUCGUUAUCAUGGCCAGGAAAUUCAAGAUGAAUCCUGACAAUAUCACCACUCCAGUUGCUGCGUCCCUCGGCGAUGUGUCAACAUUGUUUAUUUUGCUCGGUCUUGGUAGUGUGCUGCUGCGAGUUCGAGAACAUUACAGUUGGGCUCUUGCUCUCAUUCUUCUGGGUUUCUACGCCAUAGCAGUUGCAAGCGCUUACAAAGCUUCCGAGGAUCAUUUUACUGUGGAGGUUCUCAAAAAUGGCUGGUGGGCAGUGCUGGCAGCGAUGUCGAUCACGACACUCAGUGGUUUCGUACUGAAGAAUGCUAUGCACAAAUAUCCUCCAAUAGCUGCUUUUCAACCUCUGAUCAAUGGUGUUGGUGGCAAUUUGGUAGCAGUCCAGGCCAGUCGCAUCAGUACCGGGCUACAUCGGUCGCGCAAGGAUCAAAUACGUGACCCAAAAAGUCUAUGGACGUUCACAAGUCCGUGGCAUGCCUUUAUUGUUAACCAUGAAGAUUCUGUUGCGGCACGUAUUCUCAUUGGUAUUUCAAUACCUGGAAAUCUAAUAUUCAUGAAUACGAUCUUCUUAUUUGAUUGCGGGUUCAAAAACACGGUUCCAUUUACGGUCACGUUCUUAUCAGUGUCGCUUGUACAGGUCAUAAUUUUGUUGUAUAUUUGCCAAUUUCUCGUACGAGCAAUGUGGCGGCUCCGAAUCGAUCCAGACAGCUCAGCGAUUCCAGUUCUUACUGCGACUGGGGAUCUUCUAGGAGCCAUCCUUUUAAUAGGUUGCUUCUGGCUUGCCGCUAAUGUCUAUGGUAUGCACGUUGGAGAGCAGUAUUUUCAAGAUCGGCAUAUAGGAGUCCAUUAA